CGUCCAUCAGCGAUGAGCGUCGACGACUUGCUUUCCAAUUUUGCACAGGCGCCAACCGCCGCCAACGACACGGAAGAGUGCACCAACAUCAUCCAAGAGAUCGCCCAGAGCGGCGAAGCAGGAGCGUACAACUGGAACCAUCUUAAGCAUCUGAUUGCGUAUCGUCUCGACAAGCUUGUGACAGAGUUCGAGGAGGGAGCAAAAGAUUUCGCAGCGAGCGAGGUCCAACAUCAGAACUUUGCCAAGCAGAAAGAGCAGUUGGUGCAAUUGCUCCUUGGCUUCAGUGCGGCGCCGUUCACAUUGCAGCGAUUGUGCGAGUUGCUACUUGAUGCCUCUCGGUUUUACAAGCGGACGCCCAAGCUAUUGCGCGGAUUAGAGAAGCUCGUUCUUGUUAACACAACGCAGCCUGUUUCUCAUGCGCUGGGAAGAAUGUCAGUCAGCUUUGUGAAUGGUGUCUUCCAGGCCACCCUCUCGGCUCCCUCACAACCAGCUGUCGAUCAAGGCACUGCCGCCCAACAACCAGCGCUCGAGUCCGCACCAGCAUCCGACGCGACACAGUCAACCGGGGCACCAACGGAUGAGCAAGUCGCUGAUACCACUCAACCAGAAGCCGUGCCCAUGCAGACAGAUUGACGGCUGUGAUUUGCUUUGUGAACUGUCACAUUAAAACAACUUCCCUCA